AUGCCCCCGACCUUCCUGAAGGGCAGUGCUGAGGAGCAGAUCCCUGUGGCUGCUGGGUGGAGAAGAGACUGUAGGAGGGUGAGGAAGGAGCUUAAUUCCGUCGCUUCUGAGCUGUCUGCACGGCAGGAGGAGAGUGAACAUUCUCAUAAACAUUUAAUUGAACUCCGCCGGGAAUUUAAGAAAAAUGUACCUGAGGAAAUCAGAGAGAUGGUGGCUCCUGUAUUAAAAAGCUUCCAAGCUGAGGUGGUGGCCCUUAGUAAAAGAAGUCAGGAGGCUGAGGCUGCUUUCUUGAGUGUUUACAAGCAAUUAAUUGAAGCACCAGACCCCGGGCCUGUGUUUGAGGCAGCGCGCAACCUAGACGACAGACUGCAGCCCCCCAGCUUCGACCCCAGCGGGCAGCCACGGCAAGACUUCCACACCUUGUGGAAGAGGCACCCUGAGCUCCUCAGCUCCAAAGAGCAGAGAGAAGGGACGUCUCCGGCCGGGCCCACGCUGACCGAGGGGAGCCGCCUCCCAGGCACUCCCGGCAAAGCCCUCCUGACAGAAACUUUGCUGCAUAGAAAUGAGACAGAGAAACAAAAGGGCCUUCAGGAAGUACAGAUCACUUUGGCAGCCAGACUGGGGGAGGCAGAGGAGAAGAUCAGGGUCCUACAUUCAGCGCUAAAGGCCACACAGACAGAGCUGCUGGAGCUGCGACGGAAAUACGAUGAGGAGGCGGCAUCCAAGGCAGAUGAAGUCGGCCUGAUCAUGACCAACCUGGAGAAAGCGAAUCAGCGAGCCGAGGCUGCACAACGGGAGGUGGAAAGUCUUCGGGAACAACUCGCCUCUGUCAACAGCUCCAUCCGCUUGGCCUGCUGCUCCCCUCAGGGACCCAGUGGGGAUAAGGUGAACUUCGCGCUGUGCUCAGGCUCACGGCUUGAGGCUGCCCUGGCCUCCAAGGAUCGGGAGAUCCUGCGGCUGCUGAAGGAUGUGCAGCGUCUCCAGAACUCCCUGCAGGAGCUGGAGGAGGCCUCUGCCAACCAGAUUGCCGACCUGGAGCGGCAGCUCACGGCCAAGUCUGAGGCCAUCGAGAAGCUGGAAGAGAAGCUCCAGGCACAGUCUGACUAUGAAGAAAUUAAAACAGAGCUGAGCAUCCUGAAAGCCAUGAAACUGGCCUCCAGCACCUGCAGCCUCCCCCAGAGCAUGGCCAAGCACGAGGACUCGCUGCUCAUGGCAAAGGAGGCCUUUUUCCCUGCGCAGAAAUAAAUCCUGCUGGAGAAGCCCUGUCUCUUGGGCAGCCCUGAGGAAGACCCUUCAGAGGACGAUUCCAUCAAGGACUCGCUGGGCACGGAGCAGUCCUACCCGUCCCCUUCGCAGCUUCCGCCACCUCCAGGGCCAGAAGACCCCCUGUCCCCAGGCCCCGGGCAGCCCCUCCUGGGCCCUGGUCUGGGCCCUGAUGGCCCACGGACUUUCUCGCUGUCCCCCUUCCCCGGCCUGGCUUCAGGGGAGAGACUGACAGGGGACGCACUGCUGUCCAAGCACAUGAUGCCCCCCGCCACCUUCAAGGGAGAGGCAGGUGGCCUACUAGUGUUCCCCCCGGCCUUCUACGGCUCCAAGCCCCCCACAGCCCCUGCCACUCCAGCCCCUGGCCCUGAGCCGCCCGGGGUCCCCGAGCCGGCCGAUGGUGGCGUGGGCAGCACAGCCGGGGCGGGGACCGGAACAGAGGAGGAGCAGCUGGACACAGCGGAGAUCGCAUUCCAGGUGAAGGAGCAGCUGCUCAAACACAACAUUGGGCAGCGAGUAUUUGGCCACUAUGUGUUGGGGCUGUCACAAGGCUCCGUCAGUGAGAUCCUGGCCCGGCCCAAGCCCUGGCGCAAGCUCACGGUGAAGGGCAAGGAGCCUUUCAUCAAGAUGAAGCAGUUCCUGUCAGAUGAGCAGAAUGUGCUGGCUCUGAGGACCAUCCAGGUGCGGCAGCGAGGCAGUAUCACCCCGAGAAUCCGCACACCAGAGACAGGCUCGGAUGACGCCAUCAAGAGCAUUCUGGAGCAGGCCAAGAAGGAAAUUGAGUCACAGAAGGGGGGUGAGCCCAAGAACUCGACAGCCCCAUUGAGCAUCACCAAUGGCACAGCUUCUGCCAGCACCUCAGAAGACGCCAUCAAGAACAUUCUGGAGCAGGCGCGUCGCGAGAUGCAAGCGCAGCAGCAGGCCCUGCUAGAGAUGGAGGCAGGCGCCCGGGGCCGCUCGGUGCCUUCCUCGCCCCCGGAGCGGCCCUCGCUGGCAGCCGCGAGCCAGAACGGGGCCCCAGCCUACGUCAAGCAGGAGGAAAGCAGUGGUGGCGGGGGGACCAGCAGCAGCGCCACACAGACGUCCCUCACCGUCCUGUCCCCUGCCGCCUUCGUGCAGAGCAUCAUCCGGAAGGUCAAGUCAGAGAUCGGCGAUGCUGGCUACUUCGAUCACCACUGGGCCUCUGACCGCGGCCUGCUCAGCCGCCCCUACGCCUCCGUCUCACCCUCACUGUCGUCCUCCUCCAGCUACUCCAGCCAGCCCAACGGACGGGCCUGGCCCCGUGGGGACGAGGCCCCCUCAGCCCCCGAGGACGAAGUAGUUGGGGGUGAGGACGAGCCCCCCAGGGUGGGCGAGCUCAAGGCCGAGGGGGGCGUCCCUGACGCGGGCAAUGGUGGGCGGCUGGCCUACUACCCAGCAUAUGUGCCCCGAACGCUGAAGCCCACCGUGCCACCCCUGACCCCCGAGCAGUACGAGCUCUACAUGUACCGUGAGGUGGACACGCUGGAGCUGACUCGCCAGGUCAAGGAGAAGCUAGCCAAGAACGGAAUCUGCCAGAGGAUCUUUGGGGAGAAGGUGCUGGGCCUGUCACAAGGCAGUGUGAGUGACAUGCUGUCCAGGCCGAAGCCGUGGAGCAAGCUGACACAGAAGGGCCGGGAGCCCUUCAUACGCAUGCAGCUGUGGCUCUCGGACCAGCUCGGCCAGGCCGUCGGCCAGCAGCCCAGCGCCUCCCAGGCCAGUCCCACGGAACCGAGGUCCUCUCCAUCCCCACCCCCUAGCCCCACGGAGCCUGAGAAGAGCUCCCAGGAGCCCUUGAGCUUGGCACUGGAGAGCAGCAAGGAGAACCAGCAGCCAGAUGGACGCUCCAGCUCUUCACUGAGUGGGAAGAUAUACUUGGGCAGCCAAGCCACAGGGGGCAUCCAGGAGAUUGUGGCCAUGUCCCCUGAACUGGACACAUACUCUCUCACCAAGAGGGUCAAAGAGGUCCUCACAGACAAUAACCUAGGGCAGCGGCUAUUCGGGGAGAGCAUCCUGGGCCUGACACAGGGCUCCGUUUCCGACCUGCUGUCCCGGCCCAAACCCUGGCACAAGCUGAGCCUGAAGGGGCGGGAGCCCUUUGUGCGCAUGCAGCUCUGGCUCAGUGACCCCCAUAACGUGGAGAAGCUGAGGGACAUGAAGAAGCUGGAGAAGAAAGCCUACCUGAAGCGCAGGUAUGGCCUCAUCAGCACUGGCUCAGACAGCGAGUCUCCAGCCACCCGCUCCGAGUGCCCCAGCCCUUGCCUGCAGCCCCAGGACCUGAGCCUCCUGCAAAUCAAGAAGCCUCGCGUGGUGCUGGCGCCCGAGGAGAAGGAGGCGCUGAGGAAGGCCUACCAGCUGGAGCCCUACCCCUCCCAGCAGACCAUCGAGCUCCUCUCCUUCCAGCUCAACCUCAAGACCAACACCGUCAUCAACUGGUUCCACAACUACAGGUCCCGGAUGCGCCGGGAGAUGUUGGUGGAGGGGACCCAAGACGAACCAGACCUCGACCCCAGUGGGGGUCCUGGCAUGCUACCACCAGGCCACUCCCACCCAGACCCCAUCCCACAGAGCCCCAACUCCGAGGCUGAGGACCAGAAGCCUACCGUGAAGGAACUGGAGAUUCAAGAGGGGCCAGAGGAGAGCACCACACCCCUGGCUGCCCAGGACAAGGCCCAAGUGAGGAUUAAGCAGGAACAGACCGAAGAGGAUGCUGAGGAAGAGGCAGACAGCCAGCCCCAGGACUCGGGGGAGCUGGACAAAGACCAAGGUUGCCCCAAGGAGAUGCACCCCAACCCUCCGGGUAGCGAUGAACUCCCAAAAGCAGCCCCAGGACCCCUUCUCCCAGGCGGGACCACCCCAGACUGCCCGUCAUUACAGCCUCCGCAGGAGAGCCGCGGUAGAGAGAGGCGACACCCGGACCCCCUAAGUUUUAAGUCAGCCUCGGAGUCCUCGCGCUGCAGCCUGGAGGUGUCCCUGAACUCACCCUCGGCCGCCUCUUCGCCAGGCCUCAUGAUGUCUGUGUCACCUGUACCCUCUUCCUCAGCUCCCAUCUCCCCAUCCCCACCUGGCACCCUCCCUGCCAGAGUGCCGAGCGCCAGCCCCACUGCCGACACGGCCGGGGCCUUGCACCCCAGCGCCAAGGUGAACCCCAACUUGCAGCGGCGGCACGAGAAGAUGGCCAACCUGAACAGCAUCAUCUACCGGCUAGAGAGGGCUGCCAGCCGGGAGGAGGCCCUGGAGUGGGAGUUCUGAAGGCGGCGCGGGGCACAGGGGCGGGGGGCCUGCCUGGGCAGCUACCCUCUUCCACUCACUCCCGGGAGGGAGGAGCUCAGCCAUCAGACUGGACAGCAGCGUUAUGCUGCUUACGUCUCUUGCUGUGAUGCUAGUUCUAUA